AUGGGCAACGAGGAGUCCUCCAUGGUGGAUCCCUCCACCAAGCCACGGACUCUGAGCGCCCGCACCCCGGACGCGCUCGCACAGUACAUACAAGCCGGCAAGGCGCGCAACAUCGUCGUGCUCACGGGAGCGGGUAUCAGCACGUCAGCAGGCAUCCCCGACUUCAGAUCACCAGAAACCGGCCUCUACGCAAAUCUCGAGCGCCUGAACCUGCCACACCCCGAGGCUGUCUUUGAGCUGUCCUUCUUCCGCGAAAACCCGCUCCCUUUCUACACGCUCGCGCAGGAGCUGUAUCCUGGGAAAUACCGACCGACCAUCACACACUCCUUCAUACGCCUGCUGCACGACAAGGGCCUGCUGCUGAAGGUCUUCUCGCAGAACAUCGACUGUCUCGAGCGCGAAGCAGGCGUCCCCGGCGACAAGAUCAUCGAGGCCCACGGCAGCUUCGCAGACCAAGCCUGCAUCGAGUGCAAGAAGUCAUAUCCCAAAGACCAGAUGCUCACCCACAUCGAGAACAAGACCGUCCCGCGCUGCGUCGACACCGCCUGCAACGGGCUCGUCAAGCCCAAGAUUGUCUUCUUCGGUGAACAGCUCCCCGCCGACUUCUUCGACAACCGCGAGCUCGUCUCCGACGCCGACCUGUGCAUCGUGCUCGGCACCUCGCUCUCCGUGCAGCCCUUUGCCUCGCUCCCCCACCUCGUCACCGACCCCACCCCGCGCCUCCUAAUCAACAAAGAGCAAGUCGGUGACCUCGGCUCGCGGCCCGACGACGUCCUCAUCCUCAACGACUGCGACGCCGGCGUGCGCGAGCUCGCGCGCGCGCUGGACUGGUCCGCCGAGCUCGACGCCCUCUGGGCCCGCACCGCAAAGGACGGCCAGUUCGUGCCCGGCCAGAAAGAAAAAGAGCCCGCACCCAAGUCCCGCGACGAGGCGCUACAGGAUCAAGUCGACCAGCUGACAAAGGACGUCGAGGAGACGCUGCGCCUGGGCGAGGCGCAGCAGAAGUGGCUCGACGACCACCCUGGCCGCAGGAUAGCGCGUGGUGAUGACCACGAUGAGAAAGAGCAAGGAGGAGAAAAGGGAGAGCAGCAUCUCCGUCCUUCGAGGAAUCCAGAUUCGAAGACGUUAGCCGCUGUCGCUCCAACGACAUCUGGUGGUGGGCUGGAUCAUAUAUUCCCGUUUUUGGCCAGAGAUAAAAAGGGGACAGGGUCGAAUCUGUAG